CCUUCCUCAGCACAGUCUGACAGUGAGUUCUACAGUCAUCAGAGAAAGAGACUCAGUUCAGCUGAGGUGUCAGACUCCUUCAUCUGUCUCUGUAGCUCAGUGUGUCUUCUACAUAGUAAGAAGAGUGAAUUUACUCUAGCUUCACUCUAUAGACAUACACUCACAGGUGCUCAGCUGCUCAGAUGGACAGUUCAAAGUUAACCUGCUGAGGUCAAAAUACAACGGCAGUACAGUGCUAAAGGUUAGCAGUUUAGAUCCAUAUACAGUGAGCCUUCUACAGUCAAAAUUCAUGGUAAGAAGACUAUUUGAAUGGUUGGAAACAAUGUACUGUUGUGCCAUCAUUACCAUGUUCCUCUUGAGAUAUUUUAUCAUACUGUUUGAUGUCACAAGCUAUUACAUGAAGCAAUUAAGGAAUAUAGUAUCUCCUUAAUUUCCCAUACUGUCGCUACAUGAGGUAAUGUACUCAAGAUCCUUAAAGGGAUAGUGAGAGAUUUUGGCAAUUAAUCCCUUUAUCUACUUAGCCAGAUUCAGAUGAACUCAUGGAAACCAUUUUUAUGUCUCGCCGUGGAUUUUGAAGGACGUUGAAGGUAGUUUCGCAAGGUAGCACGCCCCCAUUCUCAUCGACGGGGCUGUAGUGGAACAGGUUGAGAGCUUCAAGUUCCUUGGUGUCCACAUCACCAACGAACUAUCAUGGUCCAAACACACCAAGACAGUCGUGAAGAGGGCACGACAAAGCCUAUUCCCCCUCAGGAGACUGAAAAGAUUUGGCAUGGGUCCUCAGAUCCUCAAAAAAUUCUACAGCUGCACCAUCGAGAGCAUCCUGACUGGUUGCAUCACCGCCUGGUAUGGCAACUGCUUGGCCUCCGACCGCAAGGCACUACAGAGGGUAGUGCGUACGGCCCAGUACAUCACUGGGUCCAAGCUUCCUGCCAUCCAGGACCUCUAUACCAGGCGGUGUCAGAGGAAGGCCCUCAAAAUUGUCAAAGACUCCAGCCACCCUAGUCAUAGACUGUUCUCUCUGCUACCGCACGGCAAGCGGUACCGGAGUGCCAAGUCUAGGUCCAAAAGACUUCUCAACAGCUUCUACCCCCAAGCCAUAAGACUCCUGAACAGCUAAUCAUGGCUACCCAGACUAUUUGCACUGCCCCCCCACCCCAUCCUUUUACGCUGCUGCUACUCUGUUAAUUAUUUAUGCAUAGUCACUUUAACUCUACCCACAUGUACAUAUUACUUCAACUACCUCAACUAGCCGGUGCCCCCGCACAUUGACUCUGCACCGGUACCCCCCUGUAUAUAUAGCCUCCCUACUGUUAUUAUAUUUUACUUCUGCUCUUUUUUUUCUCAACACUUUUUUUGUUGUUGUUUUAUUUUUACUUUUUUUGUUAAAAAUAAAUGCACUGUUGGUUAAGGGCUGUAAGUAGGCAUUUCACUGUAAUGUCUGCACCUGUUGUAUUCGGCGCAUGUGGCCAAUACAAUUUGAUUUGAUUUGAUUUGAAAGUGAUUGCUAGUGCUAACGCUAGUUACCAAUUGCGCUUAUGCUAGUUAGCAAAUUACUUCAAACUGCAUGCAGAGACAUAGAACAUGGAAUCCAUGAGUUCAUCUGACUCUGGAUAAGUAGAAAAAGGGGAGGGGAUAUUUGGCCCUAUCACACCAUUUGCAAACAUCAGCCAAAAUGAUAAACUGUUCAGAUACUACACCAUCAAUCAAUCAAAGUUAUCUUGUUAACCUAAACGACAUAAUUGUAGAUGCACUGUUAUUAUCUAAUAGACAAGUGACUUAAUUGUUUUUAUUUUUCAAACUUAUAUCAAGUGCUACAAUAUCUAUGAGUACUUAAACAUUGAAAAUGAAUGUAUAAUUCAAUGACAAGUGACACACUCCAUCACCCCUCCGAUUUCUCAGACCUUCUUCCCAGUCUGACAGUGAGGCCUGCAGUCAUCAAAGAGAGACACUCAGUUCAUAACAUUUCACUGUUAUACCGUAUUCAUUAUGCUUGUUCUGAAAUUUUGAUCUUAUGUCAUAUUUCAUCAACGUCUUCAUUACACAUAAUAGGUCUUACUGUAGGUUUUUCUGUACUGUACGAACAAAUACUGACAUAGUUGAAUUUUUUAAAAGUGGAUUUUCCAUACUGUUAGUAUGUAUGGAUUACCUGUAAUGUUUUUUAAUGCAACUUUAAAAGAGACACUCUAUUUUUCUGAUCUCACAGACCCACCUCCUCCCAGGCUGACAGUCAGUUCUACAGUCAUCAGAGAGAGAGACUCAGUUCAGCUGAGCUGUCAGACUCCUCCAUCUGUCUCUGUGUCUCCCAAGGAAGUUGAAGGUAGUUUUGCAAGCGAUUGCUAGUGCUAAUGCUAGUUAGCAAUUGCGCUAAUGCUAGUUAGCAACUUACUUCAAACUGCACGCAGGGACAUAAAAAUGGUAUCCAUGAAUUCAUCUGACUCUGGGUAAGUAGAAAAAGGGGAGGGGACAUUUGGCCCAUAGACAUGCCUGUAACUUGCAAAGACAAAGGGUAGAGCUCUUCUUUCCCAUUCUGAUUCUCGUUCUGUUCUCCCCUCUAAACACAUAUGGACACAGAACGUAAUCAAGCAUCUGACCAAUUACGAAAUACUUUAGUUCCGGGUUAACCGAGAUUGUCUGAAAUAACAAGGAGGGAUUAGGCUGUCAGUAAACUUCUCAAAACCACAAAAUGCUAAAUGCUUAAUUCCCCUAUUCUCACAGACUCUCCUCAGCUGACAGUGAGUUCUAUAGGCAUCAGUGAUACAGACUCAAUUAAGCUGAGCUGUCAGACUCCUCCAUCUCUCGAUGUGUCUCACUGUUCCAUCUAUAAACAGGGGUGAUUUAAUCUGCCAGGCUCAUCCUGUACGCAGACACUCACAGGAACAGAGCUGCACUCUUGGGCAGGUCAAGCUUUUCCAGCUGUGAUAAAAGUGACUUGUUUCUACGCUUUAGAGAUCAUAAAUCUCAACCGCAAAUACAAAUAUAGUUGUCAAAAAUAUAAAACCAAGAAGUCAAAGACAAAUCUUUUACUCAGACAAGUUCGUUUGUUGGUUUUGAAAAUGUAAUUGAAGCCAUCUAAUGAUGCAAAAUAUCAGCUGUUAAAGACAAUAGCUACAGACAACAAAGAUAAUGACUGAUAAAUUAUUCUGAAUGUUCCUUUGCAACAUUAGCCCACACUUGCCGUAUGAGACUUGUUUCUGCUAUCUGUGGUUUUCCUGUGAACAAGCUCCACAUCUACUUCUCUAUUCAAACAAUCCUCUCUGACACAAUCACCAUCUUCUGUGAAGUCAGACUAACAGUCUGUAGCUGUCUGAUUAUUGGCGUUGUUAAUCUCUGAUAUGGCUGGUCAUCUGUUUUUGGUCAUCCUCCUUUUUGGUGAGUAUUUCCUCCAUUCCAAGUUCCAUCAUCUGUUUGUGCUACAGGAUUCUCUCUCCUCUUUUAAUCUUUUACUUUAGGAACUCUUUAUAUAUUUCUGAAUCUCAUGGCUGUAAUAAGUGUGUGUCACGAUCGUUUACAGAUUGGACGGACCAAGGCGCAGCGUGAUAAGCAUACAUGUUUAUUAAACGAAUAAACACACGACAAAAACAACAAACGAAACGUGAAGUCCAAGGUAGCACACUAACAUACCAAAACACGGAACAAGAUCCCACAACUAACAGGUGCCAAAAGGCUGCCUAAGUAUGGUCCCCAAUCAGAGACAACGAGCAACAGCUGCCUCUGAUUGGGAACCACACCGGCCAACAUAGAUCUAUACAUACUAGAUCUAACCAUAGACAAUAAACAUAGCACAACACGACACAGAAAAUACACACCCUGACUCAACGAAUACGAGUCCUAGAGUCAGGGCGUGACAGUAUGUCUUAUUCCAUUGAUCACUUUAUUGAUUAAUUUUUCUCUACCAUUAUAUUUUGUUCAGAUAAGAAUAAGAACUACUGCUUGACAACAUGCCCAUGAAUCCAUUAUAGUAUAUUAUACUUUACCAACUUCUGUAAAGUGUUCCUGUCGCUCAUGUACAUUUUUUUUAGAAUGCCAUAUUUUCCUGAUCAAGACCUAUUUUGUUAUUUCUAGACACCUUCCAAUACAUCAAAGCCCAAGGUCAUUACCAAGGUCAUUAUGAGUGUUUACAACUGGAAUUAUUUUCCGUAUUUUAGAUUUUUCUGCCUACAAAAACUAUUUUUACUAAAUAAUAUCACCAUCAAUCAAUCAAAGAUAUCUUGUUAACCUAAAUGACAUAAUUGUAGAUACACUGUUCUCAUCUAAUAGACAACAAUGACUUAAUUGUUUUUAUUUUUCAAACGUAUAUAUUAAGUACUACAGUAUCUAUGAGUACUUAAACACUGAAAAUGAAUUCAUAAUUAAAUGACAAGUGAUACACUCCAUAAUCCAUCUGAUCUCACAGACCAUCCUCCUCCCAGUCUGACAGUGAGGCCUGCAGUCAAAGAGCGAGACUCAGUUGAUAACAUUUCACUGUUAUACCGUAUUCAUUACGCUUGUUCUGAAAAUGAGAUCUUACAUCAUAUUUCAUCAAUGUCUUCAUUUCACAUACUUACUGUAGGAUUUACUGUACAAACAAAUACUGACUUACUUGAAAAUUGUAUGUUAGUAUGUAUGGAUUACCUGUAAUGUUUUUAAAUGCAACUUUCAAAGAAGCACACUCUAUUCUUCUGAUCUCACAGACUCGUCCCAGGCUGACAGUCAGUUCUACAGUAAUCAGAGAGAGCGACUCAGUUCAGCUGAGCUGUGAGACUCCUCCAUCUCUGUGUCUCCCAAACUAACACACCAGUUCAUUCCCGAUCGGUGGCCAAUGUUCAUUUGGGUCUUUCUGAGCAGGGUUCGUUUGUUCGGUUCUACCUGAGCAGGGUUCGUCUCUUCCUCCCGAGCAUGGAUCGUAAGUCGAUGGCUGGUCUGGUAGUCGAUGGCUGGUCUGGUAGUCGAUGGCUGGUCUGGUAGUCGAUGGCUGGUCUGGUAGUCGAUGGCUGGUCUGGUAGUCGAUGGCUGGUCUGGUAGUCGAUGGCUGGUCUGGUAGUCGAUGGCUGGUCUGGUAGUCGAUGGCUGGUCUGGUAGUCGAUGGCUGGUCUGGUAGUCGAUGGCUGGUCUGGUAGUCGAUGGCUGGUCAGGUAGUCGAUGGCUGGUCUGGUAGUCGAUGGCUGGUCUGGUAGUCGAUGGCUGGUCAGGUAGUCGAUGGCUGGUCUGGUAGUCGAUGGCUGGUCUGGUAGUCGAUGGCUGGUCUGGUAGUCGAUGGCUGGUCUGGUAGUCGAUGGCUGGUCAGGUAGUCGAUGGCUGGUCUGGUAGUCGAUGGCUGGUCUGGUAGUCGAUGGCUGGUCUGGUAGUCGAUGGCUGGUCUGGUAGUCGAUGGCUGGUUCGGUAGUCGAUGGCUGGUCUGGUAGUCGAUGGCUGGUCUGGUAGUCGAUGGCUGGUCUGGUAGUCGAUGGCUGGUUCGGUGUUCAACGGCAGGUCGCCUACUGUCCCUCGCUCCGCACCAGCCCAGCUGCGUGGUAGAGUUGGGUUUAGCCUAUCACAGCAGCGUCGGGCGUGUCCCCAGUGUCUGUAGUCGUGGGGGACACAAAACAUACAAUUAGAGCCAACAAUUGGGGUCACAGUCACACGUUAGAAACAAGCACUUUCCUUUAGUAGUGCUAUAGAGAGCUUUGUGAUUUGUGUCUUUCCCACAGCAGGCGACCAGCGGAGAGGAGCAGUGAGUCGGUCGAGAGGUCACUGGUCCAUUUCCUUUUAACUGGGGCAUGUUUAGCAAUUAGUUUGGGGAUGGAGGAGUUGAUAGAGAAUUGGCAACAGCUGUCUCAAUGUGGCUUUAGUCCAGGGAAAAUAGUCCAUGCGAUUCCAUUUGAUUUCACACAUGAGAAUGUAAGAAAUUAAGUGAAAGGCAAUCGUUGUAAACACACAGCACACAUUAUUAAAUGGCACUCAUAAAUCAAAUCAAAUCAAAUCAAAUACAAUUGUAUUGGUCACAUGCGCCGAAUACAACAGGUGCAGACAUUACAGUGAAAUGCUUACUUACAGCCCUUAACCAACAGUGCAUUUAUUUUAAACAAAAAAAAGUAAAAAUAAAACAACAACAAAAAAGUGUUGAGAAAAAAAAGAGCAGAAGUAAAAUAAAGUGACAGUAGGGAGGCUAUAUAUACAGGGGGGUACCGUUGGUAAUGUGCCUCAUUACAAAAAAGAGGUUGAUACUUGAUUAAUUAAAUCAACCCAUUUAUAUACUACAUUUUUGUAUAAUUAGAAUGACUUUCCUUGUACCAGGUUCGACUGUUAGUUCUACUUUGACCACUGACACUCCAAGUAAAGGUAAGUAUGGCCACUAGAUUUGAUCUUAGUGGUGUAAUAAGUUGUGUUUUGUGCUAAUUGUUAAUAAAGGGUAUCUCUCUUCCAUGUGAACAUUAGGUCAAAGUUCCACAGACAUUGUUGUGAAUUCAAACAGUCAAGGAAGCGUUCCAGGUAUGUGUCCUUCUCUAACUGUCUUUUUUACACAAAUAAGACAACUGAUACCUGCAACCUCACAAUUUAAUGCCACAUUUUCUGAGAUAAAAUCUUGAGAUGUAGUAUUGACCCUGAGAUACAAGCUAAUGACCUUCCCAAUGUCACCAAACAGCAGUGCAAUUAUGGCAGGCAGUAGUGAGUGUGGCUUCUGGGGUGGGAGUUCAAAUACUGUUUCCAAUUGUACAUUCAGUCAAGGUUUUAACAAAUUAUGAAAUUGUGAACAUGUAAUCUUUCUACUGACUCAGUUGUGUUCUACUGACUCAGAAAUAAUGAAUACCUUUCGUCUUGUGUAAUCAGAUACAGAAAUAACUUGUAUUACUUUCCAGCAGGUUCGACUGUUAUUUCUACUUUGACCCCUGACAUCACAGUGAGACCAACUAGUAAGUAUCGCUUAGUUUGCUAUUUCAUUUUUUUCACUCUAAUUCACUAAAUCUCCAACUGUUUUACUCAUAAACCUAUUCAUAGCUGCUUGUACUUUCACUCUAAAUUGUUGUACUUUUCUUAGAUAUUAAACAAAUGUAAAUUUGUCUUCUCUUACAUUAUCUUCUCCUACAUCAGGUGUGUCGGUCAUCUUUAGUUAGCAAAACUGAAACAAAUAGACUACCUUUAUCUAUCUCAGGUUUUUGUAAAAAAAAAAAAUCCCAUCACAAAUUUACACACAGGAGGUCAAAGCUCCACAGACAGUAUUGUGAAUUCAAACUGUCAAAAAAUAGUUUUGGGUAUGUCUCCUUAUUUAGUAAUCCCAUUUAAGUAUUUACAUUGGCAUUAAGAGCUAAUGACCUCUCCUGAUGUCAUCAUGUCACCAAACAGCUGUGCAAUUAUGGCUGGCAGCAGUGGGUAUGGCUUCUGGAGUGGGUGUGUUCCUGAUGGGAUUGACAACUGUCUGUCUCUGCAGGAGGACCAG